AUGCAUAUUUUUGAGUGGCAAGGUAUUACUGCAAGUGUUUUUCUGGACUGGUGGGAAAGUAUGGAAUUUAGGGGGUUGAGGGAUCUGCAUAGAGAGAUUGACACGGUCGCACCAGGCAUGGGUGUUGAGGGAGGGGGAGUUAAGUUGUGUAGUGUGAUAUACGUUGUUAAAUGUGCAGGAUUCGAGAAAUAG